ACGUCACCUUAAAGAAAAAGAAACGGUGGCGCUCAAGAUCGAUCACCUCAGGCUGAUGAAAGCCUCUCACCUUAGUUUGGAUGGAGAAAGCAAAUUCAAACCAGUGAAGACUCGAGUUGGACUUUAAACUUGACUUUGUGGAUUCGUGGACUCGCAUGUUGAGCUGCUGUGGGUACAAACACGAUGUCUGCCUCAGCUAUAUUUGUGUUGGACCUGAAGGGGAAGGUGCUGAUUUGUCGGAACUACAAAGGUGAUGUGGACAUGGCAGAGAUCGACCACUUCAUGCCUUUACUCAUGCAACAUGACGAGGAAGGGCUUCUCUGCCCCGUGCUGUCACGUGGCAAUGUUCACUUCAUGUGGAUCAAACACAGCAACCUGUACCUGGUGGCCACUACGAACAAGAACUCUAACGCCUCCCUUGUGUACUCAUUUUUAUACAAACUAGUUGAGGUGUUCACGGAGUACUUCAAAGAGCUGGAGGAGGAGAGCAUUCAGGACAAUUUUGUGGUUGUCUAUGAGCUGCUAGAUGAGCUGAUGGACUUUGGCUUCCCUCAGACUACCGACAGCAAGAUCCUACAGGAAUACAUCACUCAGGAAGGUGCCAAGCUUGAGGUGGCAAAGUCCAAGGUGCCGACCACAGUCACCAACGCUGUCUCCUGGAGGUCAGAGGGGAUCAAAUACAAGAAGAAUGAGGUCUUUAUUGAUGUCAUCGAGUCCAUCAACGUACUGGUGAAUGCCAAUGGCAGUGUGAUGAGCAGUGACAUUGUGGGCAGCAUCAAGCUCAAAACCAUGCUCUCUGGGAUGCCUGAACUGCGGCUGGGCCUUAAUGAUCGAGUGCUUUUUGCUCUCACCGGACGUGACAAGGGAAAGACAGUGGUGAUGGAGGACGUGAAGUUCCACCAGUGUGUCCGUCUCUCUCGCUUCGACAGUGACCGAACAAUCUCCUUCAUUCCUCCAGAUGGGGAGUCUGAACUCAUGUCCUACCGCAUCAACACCCAUGUGAAGCCUCUGAUAUGGAUUGAAUCGAUCAUAGAGAAAUUCUCUCACAGUAGAGUGGAAAUCAUGGUUAAGGCAAAGGGACAAUUUAAAAAACAGUCUGUGGCAAAUAAUGUGGAGGUGAGGGUCCCCGUCCCCAGUGAUGCCGACUCACCCAAGUUCAAAACCAGCACAGGCCAUGCCAAAUAUGUGCCUGAGAAGAACCUGGUGGUGUGGACCAUCAAGUCUUUCCCUGGAGGAAAAGAGUUUCUAAUGAGAGCUCAUUUUGGUCUGCCCAGUGUGGAGAAAGAUGAGCUUGAGGGCAAACCUCCCAUUACCGUCAAAUUUGAAAUCCCAUACUUCACAGUGUCAGGAAUACAGGUGCGAUAUAUGAAGAUCAUUGAGAAAAGUGGUUACCAGGCUUUACCGUGGGUCCGGUACAUUACACAGAGUGGAGACUACCAGCUGAGGACCAAUGUAUAAAGCCUGAGGAAUCACUGGAUAUUUAUCACUUCCAGCACCUGGAGUCAAGCAUCAUUGAUCACUUGAUUGAAAGGAAGUCUUGACAUUUCACCUGUCAGUGAUCUUAUUUUAUCUGUGAAAUCUAUGUGCAACUUGAUUUUAAUGUUACUAUUGCGGGACCACUGCAAAUUAUGUAAAUGCAAUGAAAUUAUUCCCUUAAUUUGUACAAAGUUCUGUAUGUUUGUUGUGUCUGUGUUUUUCUUGUUUGCAACACCAUAUGGCAGAUUUUGUCCUCAUGUUGUAGUAACGCAUUGUGCAAUUACAGUCACCAAAUUCCGCGUAAAAUUAAAAACUUACACCCGC